AUGACCACUACUCUAACGAAAUUGAAGCUCUCGCUGCUAUUGGUCCUCCUCUUCGCAUCGGUUUCAAGCUUCGCGAAAGUUCCUCCAACAUGCAAGCGCAUUGAGUGUCCCUCCUACGAUGUGAUUUAUGCCGGCAACGGCUACGAAAUCCGCCAUUAUAAUUCCACUGUCUGGGCCUCAACUUCCCCCAUUCAAGACAUUUCUCUUGUUAAAGCAACCGGAACUGGAUUCUCAAGGUUGUUUGAUUAUAUUCAGGGCAAGAACGACUACAAGCAAAAAAUUGAAAUGACAGGACCUGUGGUCACUGAAGUAUCACCUAGUGGUGGAUCUUUGUGUGAGUCCUCAUUUGUGGUAAGCUUCUUUGUUCCGAAGAAGAACCAAGCAAACCCUCCGCCUGCAAAGGAUCUCCAUAUCCAAAGAUGGAAGCCUGUGUAUGCAGCAGUGAGGCAGUUCGGUGGGUUUGUGAAAGAUUCAAACGUUGGGCCGGAAGCGGCUGCAUUGAAUGCCAGUAUUGCAGGCACUAAGUGGUCUUCUGCCAUUGAAAAGAGCCACAGAGCUGGACAUAAUUCUGUUUAUACUGUUGCUCAAUAUAAUGACCCUUUUGAGGUUGAUGAGAGGGUAAACGAGAUAUGGUUAUUGUUUGAUUUAGAGAAUGGAAUGCAUUCUAUCUGAAGCUGAUUAGGGAGAAAGCAAGGAUCAGUUUGCGGAUUCUAGAUACAGCAUGUAAAAGUUUCAAU